UACUAUUUGAACAGGUUUUGUUUUAUCUAAAGACCUCAGAAGCUUGAGGAAAACGGUUACAGAGAUGAGGCCGCCGGUGGAGGUUAGCGUGUUUCUGCUCUCUUUGUUGGGACCUGGAGUUUUAUUCACAAUGAAUAACAUCCCUGCACUUCAGGAACAUCUUCCUAUCCUGGGAAUGGGAAUGUUUGUCCUGGGAUCUGUUCUUCUUCUGCUCAAUCUUACAGUUCAGCACGCAAAGAAAGUGGAUCCUUUGUUCUACGUAUUUGCAGAGUUUACCAUUGGCAGCAUGGUGGGAUUGACCAAUGCUUUAGAGCAGGAUAAGAUCAUCUCUGGCUUUAUGGAUUUCUACCUACAAAUGGGGGAGCCUCAUCUUGCCACAGCCUAUGCUGUGAUGAUGUCUUAUUGGGAGGUUGUGCACCUCAUCCUCCUCCUCACAGUCAUUCAUCGGAUGUUUGCAGGGAAGUCCUACCGAAGCAUCGGUUUGUUAUGGGCUGGAUCCACCAUUGCCAAUCAAAUUGUUGUUGUUCCCGGAGUUUUCAUCGGUAAGUAUGGGUCUAACAUUCGGCCAGCUUUUUGGAGGAAUGUCCCGUUCUUCUUGGUGCCUUUCUGGGCAGCGUCACAGCUCUUUAGCAGACCAAGGGACAUGCCCAUUUUGACAGCAGACAAGAUUACUGCAGAGCAGAAGAAAAGUCUGCUUUCUCGACCUGCCGACCUGCUCCUGACACUCCUCUUACUGGGAGCCAUGGCCCUCUUUGUUUUCAGAGGAUUUGUGGUGUUGGACUGUCCUUUGGAUGCCUGUUUUUCCUACAUUUAUCAGUAUGAGCCCUACCUCAAAGACCCAGUUGGUUUUCCCAGGGUUAUGAUGCUGGUGUAUUUUUUCUACGCUGUGCCACUGGUGAGCAUUCUUCUCUAUGGUCUAAACACACCAGGAUGCUGCUGGAUGUUGGACUGGACCAUUUUCUUUGCUGGAGCCAUGGCUCAGACUCAAUGGUGCCAUAUCGGAGCAUCUCUGCACUCCCGCACUCCCUUCACGUACCGAGCCCCGGCAGACAAAAGAUGGCUGGUUAUCGCUCUCAAUGUGCUGCUUGCCAUUGUGCCAGGGCUACUGGCCCUCCGCUGCCGCGCCAACCCAGCUUAUUUCAUGAAACCUGUUACCAAGGGACAGAGCAACGACGACAAGAAGAAAAACUAGGACCACACACCUGGCCACUGAAUACAGGAGGAAUACUUUAUGCUUUGAAAAGGCAAAUGCUUUCAGGGGUGUGAACAAACUGAAAAACAGCCUCCUCCCCCCUAUCUUAAAUCCCAAAGGAGAUCCAGAAACUUUACUCUCUGGGUCUUUUUUCAAAUCGGCCACCUCACAUGGCACUCCCUGUGUGGACUGUUGGACCCUGAUAAGAACUGCUGCUGAUGGAGGUGAGGGACUGUGAUCAGAUCGCUCAGCUUUCAGCUGACUCAAGCAGAUAACCCAGUCCCAAAAUUUAGAUUACAAACCCAGAUCACACAGUUUACACACACAUAUAUGUGUAACCAAACCAAAACUCCACAGAUUUAUUUAUUUUAACUUUUUUUUACUGGGAUAAAAAUGUGACUAAUGGCGAAAAGUGAAAUGACCAGGCAGGGAUCAUUAUAGUAAAAUAACUUCUAAAGAUUCAUUGAAUAUUUAGAUUUUUUUUUUAAAUGUAAACAUAUAUGACAUUUAUUAGUGUUCCAUCAAAUACCAGGAUGUUUCCUCAUUUUCUUGUCCAGAUAGUCCAAAGAAAGGAUCUUACUGCAGUUUGCUGAGUAACAUGAACAGUUCAAUGACAGAUGUACCAUUUACUGCAGUACC